AUGGCUUCUCUUCGUCCCCAGUUCUUCUGUACCCGCCCCAACGGCACUCUCACUCCCCUGAUCGCCGUGGAUGAUCUUCCCUCGCACAUUUCGAUUCGCGGCGUGCCUCGCAUCCUCUCACCCAGCGAUACACAGGGCAUGACCAGCCUGGGAACAGUGUCCCCGCGGGCUCAGUCUUACGUCGUGGAGGGCAUGCCGCCAGCCUUGACCCGUCCCUCGUCUGCCAACGCCGCAUCCCACCGCCCUCGCGAUUAUGACCUGCAGGCUUCUCUCAUGAGGAUGGCGGCUGACGAAUCUGCCCCUGUGAGCCAGCGUAUGGCCGUCAAUGCGUUGCUCCAGCAGGGUAUCGCGCAGAAUUGGUGCGUGGCCAGUCCUUCAUCCAACGGCUGGAUGGUCCCCAACAACGGCGGUGGCGGUGGUUCUAGACAGGGCGGUCACUAUAAUACGAAAAAAGAGUUCUGUUCCUACUGGAUCCGCCACGGCGAGUGUGACUACCAGCAGCAAGCCCCAGGAUGUCUCUAUAAGCACGAGAUGCCCACUGAUCCCGGAACCUUAGAAAAGCUUGGCCUGCGUGACAUUCCGCGCUGGUAUCGCGAGAAAUACGGCAUCCCCAGCCUUUUGCCCAACGGACAUGCGCAUCCUCGCUUUCACAUCACCCAUGCUCAGAACUGGAAGAAUGACGAGGCCGACCGUGGCGCCAUAAAAUCUAUCCAGUACCCUUCUCGUCUGGAGCACAACGGAACAAUGGAUGUCUUCGACGCUGAAAAGGGAUCCAAACACAAAGCGGGCAACCAUCUCACUUCCCACCACUCCCCCAUGGCGUCUGGCCAUUCCCGAGGCAUAUACAUCUCCACUGGCUCGCCCAGAGGACCCGGAAACCAGAGACACGGCUCGAAGAACGGAAACAAAAAGAUCGACCUCCUGUCGUUUGAUCCCUUGCCCGAAUACCCGUCCCUGGACGCCAUGGGCAGAAACGCCGGCAGUCUCAACUACGCAGACGCCAGAGAAGGCAUGUCCAUGGAGAACGUCGAUCGCACUCAGCGCGAGGACAUGAUCCGCAACAUGCAGUCCAUCAUGCCGCCCACCAUGGUGCCCAGCUCGGACUAUGCGUCGGCGUCCAUCGAGGGCCCCCCGACUCAGGGUCGCUCCAAGAAAGCGUCCAAGUCUCGUCGUCUGUACCAGCCCCGGUCUCACGGCGCCGUGUCCGACGUCAGCCUGGAAAAAGCUGACCUGGACUCCUUCCGCACCUACCACGCGCAUGCCACCGCCUCCUCCAGCGCGGCCUCCGCCGUCUCCAAAGACACCGCUGGAUCCAUCCACGCAAGCCCGGUCCGCGGUCUGGAGGGCGCCAUGUCUUCCAGCUCUCCCGUCCGUGGCGCGUCUCCGUCGGACCACUCGGGCACCUCCUUGUCGUCCGAGUCCAGUCCGCGCGGCGUCCGCACCAGGUACAGCGACAAGGAGUCCAAAGGGCUGCCCGCGCCGAUCGGUAGCAACAAAGCCCAGCGCAAGCGGUCUGGCGAAUCUUCCUCCGACGACUACUACUCCAUGGCCGUGGACUACCCCAAGUAA